AUGAAUAAGAAAAUUAACGUGUGACAAAUGCUACUUUGCUACUUUGCUAUCUAACUUCGAUGCUGCUAAAGAACGUGAUUCUGUCAGUGAGACUGUGUGCAUGUAUUUUGAACAGGAUCACAUUACUCAUUGUACAUGCUCAUCACAUAUAAAGCCCCAUCUUUUGAGAACCGCAAUCGGCAGGCAUGCGACACCCACGCAAAUCACCGGCGACUCCAGUAUACAUAGUGACCCGUGCUGCAGAGUUAGCCGAGUUCGGGUGGCCGUUGGCACUCGAAGAGGCGGCUAUCUGCCUGUAGAUAUCAGCACUCGCCGGCCACUAUCGCCCGUUUGCUCAGGCGCGGCGAUAGCGUUGGAGCGCGGCGCGGCUCAGCGCGGCGGAGCGGCGGUAGGGUCAGGUGCGGUGGACGCUCGCGGCGCGAACGAUGGCCGCGCACGGCGGAGGGACCAGGGUUGCUGUGACGGCGGCCGUGCUGGUCGCCCUGUGUCUGGUGUCGCAGUGUUCGGCGGAGGAGUAUAAAAACAGGACAAGGAGACAGGCGGUGUCCGAUGGAGGCAGGACCAUCAACACGGGAUAUUACAGCGGCCCGUCGGGCGGUCUCAACUCUUACAACGCCUGGGACGACGAGGAACACUAUACCAUCACCGAGGAACGACUCAACGAGAUCCGAUCCGAGAUGAUGUACCCCUACAAGGACCCCAACGACUACCAGAAGGACAUCAACGACCUGACGCCGCAGAUCGACAAGAAGCUCAACGUCCGAUUCCCCUAUUAUGGGUUCCUCUUCAACUACACCUGGGUAUCUCUGCACGGUUUCCUGGGCUUCUCUCAGCCGACCUCGCAGCCGCAGACGUACCCGCUGACGUUCCCGCAGCCGGACUGGCCGGUCAAGAACGAUCCCUCGUUCAUCGGGCCCUUCUACAGCAAGUGUGUCAUCGGAGAGAUCGGAGGCGAGGAGACCGACACACGGCGGCCAGGAGUCUACUACAGGAUUGAGCGUGACCUGUACGAGCGUCGGGACCAGUUCGGUGUGGAGCUGCGCGAGCGGGCGAAAUGGGACAUCCGUGAGGCCAUUGUGGGAGCUGAGGCCUUCACACCCAAACACGUUAUCAUCACCACAUGGAAGAACGUUUCGUUCAACGGAGGAAACUCAAACUCGCGAGCCCGACGAGUGACCAACACGUUCCAGCUGAUGGUUGCGACAGACGAGGUGCGCUCCUAUGCCAUCUUCAACUACCUGCACAUGGGCUGGACCACGCACACAGAGGCGGGCGGCGAUGGCAACGAGGGACAGGGUGGCAUCCCCGCCUAUGUGGGCUUUAACGCCGGUAACGGCAGCAGUGCCUACCCGUACACGCCGUACUCCCAGACCAUGUACAUCCGUGACCUGACCUCGACCGGCAUGGCCAACGGCUUCCCUGGACGGCACAUAUUCCGAGUCGACGAGAAAAUCCUCGCCGGCAACUGUCGACACGAACUCUACGGCUCGAACCUUCCACUGGUCUUCGCACCGGAGCAGGGCAACAUGCUGGGCGGCAACCUGGUCAACAUCUCCGGCCCGUGUUUCGGCCCCAACACGCUGGUCAAGUGCCGCUUCUACGACCGAGAGGUGGAGGGUGUGGUGCGCGACACCAACACGGCCUUCUGCGUGCAGCCGCGCCUGUUCGCCACCGGAUUCGUGGACAUCGCCGUGUCUCUCGACGGAGGACCCUACUACUGGAAGGGACAGUACUACGUCGAGACGCCUCUGACGUCCGCCGAGGGAGUCAUGUUCGCCAACGACGACUACCAGAUCGCCGACCCGGGCAUCCUGCACCUGCAGUGGCUGUGGCACAACCUGACCAUGGACCAGAGCGCCAAGGUCACCAUCUCCCUGUACGGCUACCGGGAGUCGACCAACACCCCAGAGCUGCUCUACAUCGACACACUGAUGGAGACAGCCAACGACGGCGAGAGUGACCUGACCACGGCCGACUUUGUGGGUAACGACAACUGGGACUAUCUGGACAUCGAGGUGGGCCUGCUGCACAUCAACCUGACCAACCCCGGCACCUACCUCUCCGGACUGAAGACCUCGCCAGUUCUGUGGAGUCAGCCGAUCCCGCUGGCCUGGUACUUUGGACCGCAGUGGGAACGCGUCUACGGCUCCGAGUGGGCGGCGCGAGUCUGCAACCGCUGGAUCGAGAACGACAGGAACCUGAAACACUUCGCCGGAGAGGUGACCCGGUGCCCGUGCCGCGUGGAACAAGCGGUGGCCAACAAGGGUCUGUUCGUUCCCGACUUCUCGUGUGACAUGGACGGUAACACCGCCUGUGACGAGCACAAGGGAGCCAUCCACUGCGUCCGCGCCGGAAUGGUGAACGCGGACGGCGCCGGUCAGCAGUGCUGUUACGACAUUGACGGCUUCCUGAUGAUGACCUCGGACACGAUGUGGGGCGGUAACCCGCACCGGGCCCACAACCUCGGCAUGCGGCCCUUCUACGAGGCCAACAAGAUGCCGUCGCUGUCUCACUGGUACCACGACGUGGCUCCGUUCUACUCGUGCUGUCGGUGGCAGGGGGAGCAGAGCCAGGGGUGCACCACCUUCCGGUUCGAGAGGAGGGCCUCCCAGGACUGUGUCGGCUACCAGCCGCCCUCGGCAGCCACCGUGUUCGGUGACCCGCAUUUCUACACGUUCGACGACGUCCAGUACACGUUCAACGGAAAGGGCGAGUACGUCCUGACCCGCGUGAACACGGACCGCAACAAGCUCGACGUGCAGGGCCGCUUCGAGCAGGCGCCUGACAACGAGAGAGGUCCGGUAUUGGCCACCCAGCUGACUGCCAUCGCAGCUCGUGACAACUUCUCGACGACGGUGGAGAUUCGUCUGCGGCCGACUGAGGCCCAGUGGCGCUACAAACUGAACGUGCUCGUCAACCAGAAGUACCUCUACUUCGACCGAUACCCGGAGAAGAUGCAGAUCUUCAGAGGUAUGCUGGUGUACGUGCCGACCUACAUCCACAACCAGUCGCAGGUGGUGGUCCUGUUCCAGUCGGGAGCCGGGAUCGAGGUGCUGGAGAACCAGGGACAGAUGGCUGCGCGACUCUACCUGCCGCUCACGUUCAUGAAUCAAACGACCGGCCUGUUUGGAAAUUGGUCAAACGACGCGUCCGAUGACCUGGUGACUCCGGACGGCCGAAUCGUAUCUGUCGACAUCAACAACAUGGAAAACCUCUACUCCGAAUUCGGUCUACAAUGGCUUCUGGAUGACAAGGAGGACCCAUACAGAGGAGGGUCCCUCUUCUACCACGAGAAUGGACGGUCUUCCAGCAACUACUACGAUCCAGACUUCCUGCCCGUCUUUGACCAAAUACCGGAUAUCCCCGAAAACAGCACCCUAACUGCCGAUGAAGUGAAGCGCGUCUGCGGAGACUCCUACCAAUGCUCCUACGACUUCAUCAUGACAGAGCGCCGGGACGUGGCCGUCUUCACCAAGUUCUACCAGGACGAGUUCGUCAACGUCAAGUCGAUUGGCCUGCAAACCAUCACCUCUUGCGGUCAGCUGCCGACGCCUCAGAACGGGCGCAAGAACACGUUCGCGUUCACGCCGGGCACGAUGGUGAAGUUCGAGUGUGACCCGGGGUACAUCCUGGUCGGGGAGGCCCGCCGCUGGUGCUACGCCUCUGGAGACUGGAACUGGCCUGAGGACGGCGAGGUCAGCUGCAUCGGUGAGAACCAGUACAAGAUGAUGUACGCCGGCAUCCAGACCGGUAUCGCCCUCUCCAUCCUGAUCCCCGUGGUGGUGGCUCUCACCUUCUUCUACAUGCACGCCGUCAACAACGGGCCGCAGAACCGCGUGGCGCCGGCUACCCCGUACACCUACAAACCGGCCUCGACCGUGGGCAGUGACCCGGGCCGGCCGACGGUCCGAGACGAGACCAUGCCUCUGCGCGGCGGUCCGCAUCAGCGUGGUGACACGGACAGCGGGGUCAGCGGCAAGGGCGGCGACUCUCAGCUCUCCAGUAGUGACGUAGACACGACCUUCAGCAGCGAGGGAGUCAAGGGAGUCAAGGAGCCGCAGCACAUGGACGGCGCCUACUACACCGGCGAGCCGCUGCCCGACAAGCCCGACAUUCAGUUCGCCGAGAAGCCCAUGGACCUGGAGGAGGGCACGCCGCAGCAGCCGGCCGCCGCCCGCGGGGGUGCUGCGAUGCCCAUCUGAGGCCGCAGCGACAUCUACAGAGGGGGCGCCACGGAGGCGCCGCCCAGCCGACUAGUCUAGGGUGAGGGCGCGGCGUCGCGAAGAGGCGAGCCAAAGACGACGCCCAGGGUUGUGUGAGGAAUCAGCUGUCGGAGCAGCGUUUGCCAUUAGAGCAGUAGUCUAGGCUCGCAGUGGCUGUUUGGAGAAUAGCUUGGAUGAGUCGUGAAAGUCGUGGGGACUGCUUUUGUGCUGUCCGUGGGUUUGUUAGGUGGUACCGAAUAUGCUCAGUAGCGCGUCCUGGCGAGGAAAUAUAGGUCGCAAGUGAGAGCAAGUGCCAGAGCUGAGAGCACUAAUAUGAGCAUAAAUGCAAGGAAACAAUUGAUAGUACUUAUACAUCGUUCAUCUCUAUGGCAAAUGCGGGCAUGUAGACCUCGCUUUAGCGUCAGAAAUAUGAAUAGCCGAGAUUUAUCCCUACGCCGUGCUCUGACAGACCUCGUUGCGACUUAGUGAAUGAUUAUUUUCGCGUUGUGUGCGCAGGUGUUUUUCAUCUUACUUAUUAUUCAUUUGUCUGAUUCUGUAGCAGCAGCCCAUUCUUGAUUGGAGGCGGCGGAAGACGUGCCUAUUUCGAUGCAGACCACACUUAUCUUUGCUAUGUUCAUAAUAAAUAAACUUUCUACGAUCA